AUGUUCAGAUUGACCGGUCUGUAUAGUAUAGUACGCAGGGCAGUCUGCAAUGGCACAGAGGACAUGGUGAAAGGCAAAUUCUUCUACGCUGUGAGGAAAGGAUUAAAACCUGGAGUUUACCAAACUUGGUGAGUUGUGGUGUAGUUGGCUAGCUAGCUAGUUACAGCUGUAGUGUGUCUUAAAACACAUUGACAUUUAUAUUAUAAUUUCUAUUCAUUGAAUUACAGUGGGGAGAACAAGUAUUUGAUACACUGCCGAUUUUCCUACUUACAAAGCAUGUAGAGGUCUGUAAUUUUUUAUCAUAUGUACACUUCAACUGUGAGAGACAGAAUCUAAAACAAAAAUCCAGAAAAUCACAUUGCAUGAUUUUUAAGUAAUUAAUUUGCAAUGUAUUGCAUGACAUAAGUUUUUGAUACAUCGGAAAAGCAGAACUUAAUAUUUGGUAGAGAAAUCUUUGUUUGCAAUUACAGAGAUCAUACGUUUCCUGUAGGUCUUGACCAGGUUUGCACACACUGCAGCAGGAAUAUUGGCCCACUCCUCCAUACAGACCUUCUCCAGAUCCUUCAGGUUUCGGGGCUGUCGCUGGGCAAUACAGACUUUCAGCUCCCUCCAAAGAAUUUCUAUUGGGUUCAGGUCUGGAGACUGGCUAGGCCACUCCAGGACCUUGAGAUGCUUCUUACGGAGCCACUCCUUAGUUGCCCUGGCUGUGUGUUUCAGGAAGACCCAGCCACAACCCAUCUUCAAUGCUCUUACUGAGGGAAGGAGGUUGUUGGCCAAGAUCUCGCGAUACAUGGCCCCAUCCAUCCUCACCUCAAUACGGUGCAGUCGUCCUGUCCCCUUUGCAGAAAAGCAUCCCCAAAGAAUGAUUUUUCCACCUCCAUGCUUCACGGUUGGGAUGGUGCUCUUGGGGUUGUACUCAUCCUUCUUCCUCCAAACACGGCGAGUGGAGUUUAGACCAAAAAGCUAUAUUUUUGUCUCAUCAGACCACAUGACCUUCUCCCAUUCCUCCUCUGGAUCAUCCAGAUGGUCAUUGGCAAACUUCAGACGGGCCUGGACAUGCACUGGCUUGAGCAGGGGGACCUUGUGUGCGCUGCAGGAUUUUAAUCCAUGACAGCGUAGUGUGUUACUAAUGGUUUUCUUUGAGACUGUGGUCCCAGCUCUCUUCAGGUCAUUGACCAGGUCCUGCCGUGUAGUUCUGGGCUGAUCCCUCACCUUCCUCAUGAUCAUUGAUGCCCCACGAGGUGAGAUCUUGCAUGGAACCCCAGACCGAGGGUGAUUGACCGUCAUCUUGAACUUCUUCUAUUUUCUAAUAAUUGCACCAACAGUUGUUGCCUUCUCACCAAGCUGCUUGCCUAUUGUCCUGUGGCCCAUCCCAGCCUUGUGCAGGUCUACAAUUUUAUCCCUGAUGUCCGUACACAGCUCUCUGGCCUUGGCCAUUGUGGAGAGGUUGGAGUCUGUUUGAUUGAGUGUGUGGACAGGUGUCUUUUAUACAGGUAACGAGUUCAUAAAGGUGCAGUUCAUACAGGUAAUGAGUGGAGAACAGGAGGGCUUCUUCAAGAAAAACUAACAGGUCUGUGAGAGCUGGAAUUCUUACUGGUUGGUAGGUGAUCAAAUACUUAUGUCAUGCAAUAAAAUGCAAAUUAAUUACUUAAAAAUCAUACAAUGUGAUUUUCUGGAUUUUUGUUUUAGAUUCCGUCUCUCACAGUUGAAGUGUACCUAUGAUAAAAAUUACAGACCUCUACAUGCUUUGUAAGUAGGAAAACCUGCAAAAUCGGCAGUGUAUCAAAUACUUGUUCUCCCCACUGUAUAUGUGUUUACUUUUUCAGGGAUGAAUGUAAGAGCCAAGUUGACAAGUUCCCAUAUGCCAGCUACAAGAAGUUUGCAGCAGAAAAGGAUGCCUGGGCAUUCGUCAGAAGCGUAGCAACGUCGAUAACUCCAGACGUAAAAGAGGGUAGAUACAGUAGAUGGCUAUGUUCUUUCUCUAUAGGUCACUCUACUUGUGAAAUGGCAAUACAAUGGGUGCUGAUGUUACUCGCUCUAGGAAUGGGCAGCCCAUCUAAUCAUUAGACAACUAGUGCACCGUUCGGGCUCAGCAUAAUCAGACUUGCACUCAGACCACAAUAUUAUAUUUUAGGAGCCAGCUAUGAGGCAACACUCCCUAGAAGAGCACCGGAGGCCAUUGAGUAUAUACCCAUUUGUCAGAAGCGGCACUAUUGUCACAUAGACGAGGAGGGGGUGUCCCCUGCCAAACGAGCCAAACCGAGUCAAGACAGCAGCUCAUCUUCAAAAAGCUCUGAUGGAUUCACCUACAUUGGUAAUUACAGACAUUCUCAAUGUGUUGUUAAUGUUGCAGAUUAAAAUGGUUAGUGUUUAUGUUUUUGGGGUGAAUAAACAGUGUUUUCUGUUCCUCCAGGUGAUGCAGUGGUGGUGUACACAGAUGGUUGCUGUUCAGGCAAUGGGAAGGCCGGGGCCCGAGCUGGCAUCGGAGUGUACUGGGGACGUGACCAUCCUCUGUGAGUUGAUUCAGGCCUGUAGUAAAUUAUACUUCAAGAGAGCUUGACACAAUAGAGUCCAGAAGUUUUCAUGUUGACUGUCUUUACUGUAGGAAUGUAGCUGAACCACUGGAUGGAAGACAGACCAACCAGAGAGCCGAAUUACAGGCAAGUACUGUGUUAGUGUCAUAUUUGCUUUAAUUGUGAACUCUAAAGCAGUGUUAUUAUUUUAGGCUCAUUGAAUUGCCACAGUUCCCUUUUGGAUUGUAACCCCACAUAGAUGUAAUCUCACGUUUUGCUUCUAAAUGACAGGCAGCAUGUAAAGCCUUGGAGCAGGCCAAAGAGAUGAACAUCAAGAAGUUGGUGCUCUAUACAGACAGCAAGUUCACAAUAAACGGUACAUAUGUGCUGCUUAAAACACUCAACCAACACUAUCAGCAAGGGCAUGUGAUGCUGCAGGCAUGAUGCAGAAGCUAAUAUUACUAGCUAGGCCUACUGUGACCAUUGGAUGAGAAAUCCAAAGGUCCCUCCUCUCUGACCUUCUCUUCCAAUGGGUUUUGAGAAGGAGGCGAGAGGACGCGAGGAGUAUGCAAUUAAGAAAAGGCAUAUGUCGGUGUUGUUUCCUUCAGGUGUCACCAGCUGGGUGAAGAACUGGAAGCUGAACAACUGGCGGCUCAACUCUGGUGGCCCCGUCAUCAACAAAGAGGACUUUGAAAAACUUGACGUGUUGAAUGAAGAGCUGGAGGUUGUAUGGGUAAGUAUCAAUGUUGCUCUACAUAUCUAUACAUGUUUUCACUUCAGAGAUUCAGUACUCAAAUGUUUUGGGUUUCAGACUAGAACAGCGGUUCCCAAACUAGGGGUCACAACCCCAUGUGGGGUCACCUGAUUUGAAGAUGGGAUGGCAGGAGAAACUCCCAAAAGCCUGGUGAAACUUUUUUAAUAAUUAAAAAAUAUAUACUUUAUCAUUAUAAAAAAAUGUUGUUAUGUGGUUAACCAAAACAUUUUUUUCUUCUAAAAGUUAAAAUUCUACUGUGAAGGAGUUGCCUUCAAGAAAUAGUUCAAUACUCUACCAAACAUUCUAGUUUCUAGAUCUGUCUUCUAUGGGAUUGGGUUGGUGGAUCUCAUCCAACUUGAAGGUGCAUACACCGCCACAUACUGUACUGAAGUGUGAGACCAGUCACGGCCUACCUACAUUAAAUUCUCUUCAUUAUUCCUGUUACUUAAAGGAAGAAAAUAGCACCACCAACUAACCCUACACCUACAGUACAUACCACCAUUUCAUAAAAAUCAUAUACCCAGGUACUUCUCUGCAGCUGCUACCUACACAUUAACAACCCACUACCCCAUUCCACUACUUUGACCCUAUCUGCUCCUGCACCAUGCAAACGACCUGGGAGGACAGGACACCACCCAUCAACACACUCAAAACUCUUCUGCAGUAAAAUCUCAUAUACCCAGGUACUUCUCUGCAGCUGCCACCACAUCUAUUUUCUGUGAUUUAUGUUCCAUUUCUGCGGUACAGUUGAUAACCAUUGCUAUGAACACUCGGAAGUCAACCUUACUGAAGCAUAAAUCACUCGUUGCCCUAUCCCUCUGCGCUGACACAAAUCUACUAAAAAUCUUCUCAGGAUCCCUCACCCUUGACCCCUCACCCAUCCUUCUCUACUUUAUUCACUGCCUCAGAAAAUGACACCUUCUGCACUACUCUGACUCUGGCCAAUUCAACCUGCCUCUCUCGCACUGGAAACUUCCGAUCCACAGCAACAUGAGCACCCCUACAGUUGACACACACAACUUUAUCCACCGAAACUACACAAUCCUCUGUCCCAUGCCCUCCUGCACACUUCCCACAUCUUGGAAUCUCCUUCUUACACACUGCUGCAACAUAAACGUUGCACCUCAAACAGCGCAGUGGAGUCUGCACAAAAGCUCUAGCAGGAUAACUGAUAUAUCCUUACAUGACUUUGUUUGGUAGAGACUCUGACUCAAAAGGACUGACGGUGACUCCUCGGUUUCACCACGCACCCCACCGGGUCUGCGUCGCACCAAACGGUCACAAACACCAGGAAUUUUCAUCUUCAAUUGCUCCACCUCCACACCCAUCUUCUUCUUCUUCUAUGGUAUAUUGGCGAUCACACAAUUUCAUGUGCAUCCCACCACCUACUAUGCGGGAUGGAAACAGGAUUCCCCCCAAAAACAGAACUACCAAUAAAUCAAAUAACUUUUCAGUUAAAAAUAAAUAAAUAUAAGGAUAUCUGAUCCCUACACAGGCUCAAGGGGAACCUGGGAUGGCGGGUCUUCCGGCGCCAGGACCCCUUGCAAGUCUUCCGAUGUAAAAUCCUUGAGUCCCAAAAACCUCUGCCGCACCCACAAUAAUGUCCAGUUUCUUCGACUUCUUUGAGACUUGUGCUGUACAGUUUAUAACUGUGGCAAUGAACGCAACAAAAUCCACCUUUUUAACACACAGGGUAUCUUUUGUCUGGCAGCAAACAUUUACUACAGGCUGUGGUGUAUCCACUAGCAUCACUUGUUUUCUCAAUUAUUUUCAUCGCCUCCGCAUAGGGGAUUCAAUUGACCGCUCUAACUUUUGCCACCUCAAUUUCCUUCACCCUUACAGGGCAUUCCAGGAACUCAGGAUCAUGAUCCCCACCACAAUUACAACACCGUCGUCCUUCUACACACCGUUCUUCAGUAUACUCUGUUCGUCUGCACACACUUGAAACAUGGCCAAAUCCUUUACAAUUAUUACACUGCAGUGGUUUGGGGACGAAAGCUCUUACAGCGUAUCUUACAUAACCAAGCUUCACAUGCGUAGGUAUUUGCUCUUCCUCAAAAAAACAACCGGACCGACAGACUUUCUUAUUUCUCUCCAUUCACCCAGCAGGUCAGACGCCGGGCACCAACCACACCAGGAAUUCUCUUCAGGUAUUCAACCUGAACAUCCGUCGUCACCCCUGAAAUGACUCUUUUGACGGGUGCUCUACUCCGGAGUUCAAAACACAAAACUUCUGUUGUCCGGAUUCUUUUGAGGCCCACUGCAAUCUUCCUCUGCUCUUCAGAAAUACAAUUAAUCAAAAUAAGACCACUCCUGGUCACUCUGACAGACUCCACCUUUCUUAAAUAUUUUUCUAGCAGACGCUCUUAUCCAGAGCGACUUACAGUUAGUCCAUACAUGAUUUUUAUUUAUUUAUUUUUAAUGUUUAUUUUAAUUUUUUUAUACCCCCCGUGGGAAUCGAACCCACAACCCUGGCGUUGCAAACGCCUUGCUCUACGAACUGAGCUACAUCCCCUGCCAGCCAUUCCCUCCCCUACCCUAGACGACGCUGUGCCAAUUGUGCGCCGCCCCAUGGGUCUCCCGGUCGCGGCCGGCUACGACAGAGCCUUUCCAUGCACAUACUUCACCAUUUAACACCUCAAACGGGUUUCCCACAUAUGCAUCCUUACUCAACAAGCUCAUCCCAACAAGAAGCGAUUCAUUAUCAUGUACACACGUAUCCUCCACUCCAAUUUGAGACAAUUUCAUUUUUGUUAAAUUUUUAGAUACUACUGUUGUCCAUUCAGAACAUUCGACUUCCCCAAAUUUACUCGACGCGCUGCUGAAUUCAAACUCAGCAUCCACUUCCGCCAUCUUCCCGUCAACCUCCAAACCGCUGUCCUCCACACUCAUCGUCAAGUGUUUCUUGUUUUCUGUUGGUCCAGCUAAUUAAGUGGUUAAUUGACACAGGUGUUUCAGCUCAGUAACUAGGUCACCUGCCAUGUUAAAAUGGUUGUGCCAGAACAUUUUGGAGGGGAGGGGGACAAACCACGACAGACGGUUGUGAAUCGAGAGGGAUUUUUUGAAAUUGUUGAAAAACAAACAAAGUUUACUCAGUGUGACGGAGGUUUGGCACGGCCGUGCUGUGAAUGGGUCAGAGAUGGUAGGAGAUAGUGAUGGAGAGGAAAGGGAAGCAAGUAUGGAACAUAGUGGUACAAAUAAAGGAGGGAGUAAGAAAGAGAAAUAAAGCGGGAGAGAAAGGGAGUAGGGGUAUGAAGGGGAGAAAAGGAAGUUUGAGGAGAGCAACCUAGCUUCCAACGCUAGCGGAAGUUUGGAGGUAGAAAGUGCAGAGGAAGGGCAAGAUAAGACACGAGGAACAUGGAGGUGAGGAGGAGCAUAAAGUGAUUAUGAAGUUUAGGGAGGAAGGGGGAGUUGGGGCGAUGAGUCCGAUAAGGUUGACGGCUGUGAUAAAAGAGUUGAUUGGGGAAGUUGUUAAUGCUAAAGUGUUAAGAGAUGGGAGAUUGUUGGUGUGCUGUAAGGACAUGGCGCAGAGGGAAAAAGCUAUCGGAGUGAAGCAAAUAGGGAAGUGUAAGGUGGUGUCGAGCAGCUGGUCUGAUCAAGCAGGGAAGCAGUGGAGUAAAGGGGUGAUAACAGGAGUGCCUGUGAGUGUUCGCACUAAAGAGGUAAGGGACAAUUUGAGAGGAGGCGUUCUAGUGAAUGUACAAAGAUUGCAAGCAACAAGGGGUGGAGAUAGAGUAGAUAGCACGUCUAUUCUGUUACAUUUCAAGGACCGGGUACUGCCAAAUAAAGUAACAAUAGGAUAUAUGAGUUAUUAUGUGAGGGCUUAUGUACCGAAGCCUUUAAGAUGUUAUAAAUGCCAGAGGUUUGGGCAUGUGGCAACAGUCUGUAAAGAUAAAAAGAGGUGUGCCAGGUGUGGAGGAGAGCAUGAGUAUGGGAAGUGUGGAGAUGGUGUACAACCAAAGUGCUGCAACUGUGGGGGUGCUCAUAGUGUGGCAUAUAGUGGGUGUGAGGCUAUGAAGAAGGCAGUGGAGGUGCAACAAGUGGGAGUGGAGAGAAGGGUGUCAUAUGCUGAGGCAGUGAGGGUGGUCCAGGAGAGAAGGGUGUCAUAUGCUGAGGCAGUGAGGGUGGUCCAGGUCCAGGGAGAUACAGGUUCAAGGGAGAGAUGAGUAGGAGCAUCUAGACCGGGGAUUACGGGGUAGGUGGGCAGCGAUAUGGUAUACAUAGAAAAGAGAAAGCUGGUAACGUUCAUAGCAGGAGCUAUCAAUAGCACUGAUAAAGUAGAAUCUAAAACGGAGAGGAUUAAACUAAUAGUGAAAGCUGCUGGGAGACAUUUAAGUAUGACAGGGUUGACAUGGGAAGAGAUUCGAGAUUACCUCAAUCAGCCGACGGUGGAGUCAUGUAUUACUGGAUCUUAGUUCUGGUGGUAGUACUACAAUGGAAUGCUCGAAGCCUGUUGGCUAAUGGGCAGGAAUUCAAGCAGUUCAUUGUUGAUAUGCUAGCUAAGCCUGAUGUGAUUUGUGUGCAGGAAACAUGGCUCAAACCGAAUGUGGAGUUUAUCAUACAGGGAUAUAGGCAAAGGUAUUGAACAGGAGUACGUGGUGGUGGAGGUGUGUCUGAGAGGAGGGGUGCUAGUGGUAGUGAAUUACUAUAAUCUGUGUCAGAUAUUGGACAUGGAAGUGCUGGAGCGGGUGGAGGGCCAGGAAUGAAGUAAGGUAAUGUGGUGUGGGCAUUUUAACGCCCACAACAUGCUUUUGGGUGCGAAACGGAUGGAUGGAAAUGGCCAAGUGAUGGAAAAUUUGAUAGAAAAGAAAGAUCUGGUGUGCCUGAAUGAUGGCAGAGGGACCAGGAUUGAUGUAGCCACAGGGAAAGAGUCUGCCUUGGACCUCACUCUGGUAUCUAAUGCGAUGGCAGGAAUAUGUGAGUGGGAGGUAUGGGAGGAGUCGACAGUAGGGAGUGAUCAUUAACCCAUUGUAUGCACAGUAGGCCGGAGGGAGGAGGAGGUGUUAGUGGAUGGAGUAGGCAGGUGGGUGUUUGGAAGGGCAAAGUGGGAUCAGUUUCAGGACCUGAGUGAGCAGGUGAUGGCUCGGGUGGAUAUGAGAGGGGAUGUAGAUAGUAUGAAUAACUGGGUGAAAACAGCGUUAGUGGGGGCAGCUACUGAGGCUAUACCUAAGAGUUCAGGGAGGAGGAGGAGGAGGAAAGCAGUCCCAUGGUGGACAGAGGAAUGUGGGGCAAUGGUGAGGAUUAGGAACAGGGCAUUUAGAGUACUGAAAAGGACGCAUAACUUCCAACAUCUGAUUCAGUAUAAGCAGGCCCAGGCCAUGGUGAGGAGAACUAUCCGUCAGGCAAAGAGGUCAUGUUGGCAUCGGUUCUGUGACACCAUUGGAAGGGCGACACCUGUGGGGGGGAUGAUUAAGAGGAUGAGUGGGAUCAGAAGGGAGUGCGAUUAUCGAGUGGGGAGGAUGUGGCAGUAACAGAUGAGGAGAAAGCAGAGAUGAUCGGCAGGUAGCUUAGUGGUUAAGAGCGUUGUGCCAGUAACCGAAAGGUCGCUGGUUGUAAUCCCUGAGCCGACUAGGUGUAAAAUCUGUCGAUGUGCCCUUGAGCAAGGCACUUAACCCUAAUUGCUCCUGUAAGUCGUUCUGGAUAAGAGCGUCUGCUAAAUGAAAAAAAAAAAAGAUGGCCAAAGCAUUUGUGCAUAGCUCUGCAAAUCUGUCAGAGGAGGGGCAGAGGGGAGAGAGAGAACACGAGAGAGAAGCAUCCUGGAGUGCUGGGAAGGAGGGAGGAUGUAAAUGAUGCGUUGAGUGCACCAUUUACCAGGGCAGAGGUCAAAAGAGCAAUAGGUAAGGAUGGGUUAACUUCACCUGAGAAAGAUGAGGUGUGCAAUGUUAUGUUGGCCCAUCUUAGUGAUGAGGCACUAGAUAAGGUAUUGGUGUUGUACAACAGAGUGUGGGAUGAGGAGAAACUACCAGGCAGUUGGAAGGAGGCAGUAGUGGUACCAAUCCGGAAGCCCGGGAAGGAUCCAACGAAGCCAAUAAUCUAUCGGCCAAUAGCUUUAACAUCACAUGUAUGUAAGAUUAUGGAACGUAUGAUUACGAAGAGGCUAACUUACUUCCUGGAGAGCAGAGGGCUAGGAACGCCACAUCAGAGUGGGUUCAGGAAGGGUAGGGGAACUAUGGAUCCAGUGCUCUGCUUAGAAGCAGAGGUCAGGAAGGCUCAGGUGAACAAGGAGACUGUUGUAGCUGUCUUUUUUGAUGUGGAGAAGGCAUAUGAUAUGAUGUGGAAGGAGGGGUUGUUAAUCAAGCUUGAUAUUAUGGGGGUAGGAGGAAGAAUGUACAACUGGAUAAAUGAUUUCCUGUUUGGAAGGUCUCUCCAGGUGAGGGUGGGGAAGUCUUUAUCAGGCAGCUACUUGGUGGAUAAUGGUACACCGCAGGGGAGCGUGAUUAGUCCUCUGUUGUUCUCAAUCAUGAUCAAUGAUGUUUACUCUCAGGUACAGCUGGAUAUAGGGAGGUUGUUAUUUGCAGAUGAUGGUGCCUUAUGGAAGAGGGGAAGAAAUGUGCCUUACAUAGUCAGGAAGGUACAGGAAGCAAUUGAUGAGGUAGAGCGGUGGGCAUUAAUGUGGGGAUUCAGGUUUUCUGUAGAGAAAAUUCAAACAAUGUUCUUUACCAGGAGGAAGGUGGGAGAUGAGGUAUGCUCGAGGUUAUAUGGUAGAAACUUGGAGAGGGUGGGGGCCUUCAGGUUUCUUGGGGUAUACUUUGAUACUAGGCUGACCUGGGCAGAACAUAUUGAGAGAGUGGUGGGAAAGUGUAAGAAGGUGCUAAAUGUGAUGCGCUGUCUGACGGGGAAGUGUGGGGCUGGGUGUUACUCAUUGAAGACCAUGUAUGUUGCAUUGAUCCAAUCUGGAAAGGCUAGAUGUCAUACAGGGGCAAGGACUCAGAAUAUGUAGUGGGGUGUUUCGGACAUCCCCAGUGGCUACAGGACAGGUGGAGAUGGGGGGAUAUGCCGUUGCAGAUUAGGAGACAGCAGCUGGCAAUGAAUUACUGGGUCAACCUACAAGGACAUGGGGUGUCUCAUCCUGCGAAAGGGAUUUUACAGGCAUGCUGGGAACAUGAGCGAAGACCGAACACGAGCUUUGGGUGGUUGGGUAAUACCCAGGCGAAGGAGAUGGGACUGUAUGGAAGGGAGUUUAGUCCAAUGGUAGUUAUUCCUGUAAAUCCACCAUGGCUACUCCCGUCUCCAGUAGUUGAUAUAGAAGUGUUGGAGAGACUACAGAAAGAUAGGGAGGGUGUUGAUCCAGCUGAUUUCUUUAAGAUAUGUCUGGAAACUGUGUAUCAGGAUUUUGUGGCCAUUUACACAGAUGGUUCAAAAGAUCCAACGACAGGAUGUACUGGGUCAGUAUUUGUAGUGCAGGAAUGUGGGGUGGAAGUCAGGAAACGUAUUACAGAUCAUCUGGCUGUAUAUACGGUAGAGCUGAUGGCCUUUCAGUUGGCCUUGCAGUGGGUGGAGGAAGUUAAGCCAGACAGAGUAGUUAUUUGCUCUGACUCAUGUGCAGUGUUAAUGAGUCUCCAGUCCUUUAGCUCACGUAGCAGACAAGACAUGCUUUAUGAUGUGCUACAAACCUAUGGCAGGAUUAAACAGAUGGGUAUUCAGAUAAGAUUUACUUGGGUUCCAGCCCAUGUGCGGGUGGAGGGGAACGAGGCAGUAGAUGAACAGGCUAAACAAGCACUUAGUAGUGGGGAUGUUGAUGUUGAAGUGUCAAUGAGCAAGGCAGAGGCAAAAAGACUGAUAUAUACAGUGAUGGUGAAGAGAUGGCAGGAGCAGUGGAAUAUAAAUAAUAAGGGAAGGCAUUUAUUUCAAGUACAGAGGAAAGUCAGGGAGGGGAGGACAGCAGGAAGGGACAGAAGAGAGGAGGCUAUUUUUACAAGAUUAAGGGUGUGACACAGUUAGUUGAAUAAGACAUUAAAUGUGAUAGGAAAGCAUCCAUCAGGAAAGUGUGAUUAUUGUCAGUAAAUAGACUGUGGAGCAUGUAUUGCUACAGUGUGGGCAGUAUCAGAGGGAAAUAGAGAGGAUGAUAUUUAGUAUGAGGGAGAAGGGGAUACAGGAAAUUAGUUUAAAGAGUAUAUUGAGUAGAGCGUCAUUAGAUAUAGUCUAAAAUAUUUUUGUUAUCUUUUUUAAGAGAAACGGGGUUGGCAGGUAGGAUUUAGUUUAUCCCUGUCUCUGGCCCACACUCCAGUACGGUAGGUGGCGGUAAUGCACCAUAACGUUGGAUGCCAACCGCCGAUAAACCCCACUGAAGAAGAAGAUUUUGGAGGGAAAUGUCUUUUAACUAUGGUGAGCCACAUCAGGUUUAGCUGCCAGUUUAGUGUGGUUUUAAAUUGCUCUGCUACAGCAGUUUUAAAUAAAGUACUUUUGAACGGUUUUUAAUCUGUUCUUUUUAAAGCUGUUUAAGUGUUAGAGAUGGCCAGCUCUCAUACAUCCCUGUAAGGAUGAAGGAGGUCACAGUAGCUAGGAUCAGGGCCAUCCAGCAGGUCUCCUAUGUGGAGGCAGUGAAAAUUGCUGAAGGCGUGAGUAGAGAGGAGAUGGUAGUGGAUCUCCCACAGUUUGCAGUGAAUGCCAUGCAGGAGAAGGAUCCCGACACACUAAUAGUGAAGGUGGACUUUGUUGCGUUUUAUAGCGCAAGUGAUAAAUUGCACUAGUCAAACUAAUAAAAAAUCUAAGAAGCUAGACAUUUUGAAGGCGGCAAAUAGAUUUCUGAAUAUCCAGGACUUUACAGCCGAAAUGUUACAGGGAGUACUGAAUGAAGAGGUUCCCCCUCCAAGGUUCCUGAGCCUGUGUAGGGAUCUGAAUAGACAUUUACAUCCGACUGAAGGAGUACCGUUUUUUUGUUUGAAAUUCAGGGUAGUAGCGUGAAUUUGUUUUUAGUUUUUGGUAUUUAGUAUGAAUUUGUUCAUCCAAAACAUAUUUUGUUUUUGGGGUAUUUUUUACAGUAGGUAGCGGCAAUACACCUUAUGAGUGUAGUCUGCCAAUAAACUUUGAAGAAGAAGCUCUCUUACAUCAACCAAUGAGAGUGCCUUAAGUUGGCGGGAAAAGGCUGGCCUACACUUGAGCGCAGUGUUGCCAACUUAGCGACUUUGUCGCUAUAUUUAGCGAGUUUUCAGACCCCUCUAGCGACACAUUUUCAAAAAAGCGACUAUCAACAAAUCUAGCGACUUUUUCUCGUGUUAUUGGAGACUUUUGGAGACUCUGACGUGAAAGCAUGUAUCGUUCUUACUCUUCUCAACGAGCAGCGGGUGCUUUGUUACCCCGUCCCAAAGCACUCACAGGCGGCCCAGUCCUCGCACAGCAGUCCCUCCCAGCUGCAGUCAGAGCAGGAGAUGUUCACCCCUCCGCGUCCAGACUGCAAAUGAAUCGCGCAUGCGGGAAGCCGCCGCUGGCUGAUCCCGCCCUGGCUUACAUUCAGGGCGGGAUGUAAAUGUAGGGUGUUUUUUUACUCACGUUUUGUCUCUCCCACGACGUUAUUCCUCUCUCCUACAGCGUCCAUCACAAUUACAUGCACAUGGUCAAUUAUGCAAAUUAGGCGAUGACAUCAUUUAGCGACUUUUAGGACAGCCAAUAGCUACUUUCCUUACUGAGGAGUUGGCAACACUGCUUGAGCGUUGCACUUGGAUCUUUCCCAUGGUGAAUGGCUACUGCCGCUACGCUGCUGCAAAAUUGACAUUUUUCUGAGUCCAUCCUCGGCUAGUUCUUUGGUGGCUAGCACAUUAAGUGAGCAGUGGCGUGUAUUCAUGAACGCCAAGGGAAGCCAGGCUUCCCCACCCAAAAAACCCAAAUGUAUCUUUCGUCUCUGUAUUCCAUAAUUUUACAUCAAUUCGCAAGAGGCUGAAUGUAUCUCACAGGAGAAGGCAUCAGAGCGAGAGAAACAGUGCCCCUCUUCAAGGGAAGCCAGCUUGGAUUUGGCAUCUCCUAUCAAAUCGCUUUGAGAGCAUACGUCAUUAACAGGAACAACUUGAAUUUUUGCAUCUCGUUUUUGUUGUCCUCCGGCGGCUAGCUAGCUAAAAUGGUCCCUUUCCUAAAUUAGCCAUGGAUGGAGAUAGGGAGUUGGACGAUUCUGAUCCAACCAUUAAUUCAUACAUUGUUGAAGUUGGCUAGCGAGAAAGCAUUUUAGCCAGGUAGCCUAGGACAACAAAAAAUAAAAGCGUGUACUCUAUGACAGAGUAAUAGACUGUUUCGUCAGCAUGAAAGAGAGGAGGAUGGCAUUGGUGUUUCUCUACAAGUAGGGUGAGUCAACAUGUUUUUCUACUUGCACAAACACGCACGCGCACACACACACAUACAGUUGAAGUCGGAAGUUAACAAACACUAAGGUUGGAGUCACUAAAACUCGUUUUUCAACCACUCCACAAAUUUCUUGUUAACAAACUGUAGUUUUGGCAAGUCGGUUAGACAUUUACAUUUACAUUUUAGUCAUUUAGCAGACAAUCUUAUCCAGAGCGACUUACAGUUAGUGAGUGCAUGCAUUUUCAUACUGGCCCCCCGUGGGAAACUAACCCACAACCCUGGCGUUGCAAACGCCAUGCUCUACCAACUGAGCUACACGGGGCCCUACUUUGUGCAUGACACAAGUAAUUUUUCCAACAAUUGUUUACAGACAGAUUAUUUCACUUAUAAUUCACUGUAUCACAAUUCCAGUGGGUCAGAAGUUUACAUACACUAAGUUGACUGUGCCUUUAAACAGCUUGGAAAAUUCCAGAAAAUGAUGUCAUGGCUUUAGAAGCUUCUGAUACAUUUCUGAUAUCAAAGUUGGGGUGUGGCCUAAAAAAGUUUGGGAACCCCUUGACUAGAACGUUCAAUCAUGGAUGAUGCACAACUGAAAUUACUAACAGUCCCCUUUUGCCUCUGACUCUCUUCUCUCUCUUCUUUCUCCAGUUGCACAUCCCAGGCCAUGCUGGGUACCUAGGAAACGAGGAGGCCGACAGGCUGUCCAGAGAGGGAGCAGCGAAACACUUAGAUUAG